AAAGUGUAAGGCAAACCAACCCAACCAAAUUACCAAAGUUACAAACUUCCCAAGAGAAGAAAACAAAAAUAAAAAAUAAAAAAUAAAACGUGUUUUUGUUCACUAAACAUCAAAGAAAAAAAAAUGCUUCUUAACCACAUUGGCGCCGGAUUCUACUGGAUCGACCCGCCACGACCCGAUCCGAAACGUCAAACCCGAAUACUCUCCUCUAGUUUAAACCGCCGGCGGGCGUCGCCGCCGUUUCCGGCGAGGCAUGCGGCUUUCCACGGCGUGCGAAUGGAGAAGAAAGGCGAUAAGCGGCGGUCGAUAUGCACCGCCGACGAGCUUCACCGCGUCGCGGUUUCGAACUCCGAUUGGAAGCUCGCUCUGUGGCGCUACCGUCCUUCUCCUGAGGCCCCGUCGAGGAAUCACCCGCUUUUGUUGUUGUCAGGGGUUGCAACCAAUGCAAUAGGCUAUGAUCUCUCUCCUGAGUCUUCAUUUGCUCGGUACAUGUCAGCACAAGGUUUCGAUACAUGGAUUCUUGAGGUUCGAGGUGCUGGGUUGAGCACACUUGGAGAUAGCUUGGAGGAAGAUGAGGAGUGCCUCAAGAAUUUUUCCAAGAUUGAUUCUGUUAUUAAUGAUGAUAUUGGCGAAAGCAGUGCUUCUUCUGCAACAGCAGUGGGACUUGAGAACCUCGGUGCUUCUUUUGUAUCAGAAGUUCCUCAUAUGAAAAGGAGAGGAUCAGAGGUAGUAACUAAAUACAAGGAAAUGCGGCUAACGACAAGGUUCAUGGAGGUUCUUACAAGGAUAUCUGAAAGGCUUGCAGGAUUUCUCAAUGGAGAUUUGUUGGAAGGACAGAACUCUGCAAUUGCCGGUCAAAUCAAGGAUUUCAAUCGGAGACUUCGAGGUAUGAUUGAAGGUCAGCGGCUGUUCCCAGCACAGAUUUUAGAAUUGCAAGACCGUUUAUCUGCCACUCUAGAAGAGUUCCAGAAACAGCUUGAGCUGAUGGUCAAGUAUGAUUGGGACUUUGACCAUUAUUUGGAAGAGGACUUACCUGCUGCCAUGGAGUACAUAAGGGCUCAAUGCCAACCAAGAGAUGGAAAAUUGCUGGCAAUUGGUCACUCAAUGGGGGGUAUCUUGUUGUAUGCAAAGCUUUCAAGUUGUUGUUUUGAUGGAAAGGAUUCUGGGUUGGCAUCUGUUGUUACUUUGGCAUCGUCACUUGACUAUACCCCUUCAAGAUCAUCUCUCAAGUUGCUUUUACCCCUGGCAGAACCUACUCGAGCUUUGAACAUUCCUGUUAUUCCAGUUGGGCCAUUGAUGGCUACUGUUCAUCCCCUUGCAAGCUAUCCUCCAUAUGUUUUUUCUUGGCUAAAUUCUCAGAUUUCAGCUCAAGAUAUGAUGGACCAAAAUCUAUUUGAGAAGCUUGUUUUGAACAACUUCGAUACCGUACCUUCCAAGCUUCUCUUGCAGUUAUCAUCAGUUUUCCAAAAAGGUGGUUUACGUGACAGGAGUGGAACAUUCUUCUACAAGGACCAUCUCCACAAAAGUAAUGUUCCUGUCUUAGCAAUUGCUGGUGACCGAGACUUAAUCUGCCCUCCUGAAGCUGUAUAUGCAGAAACGGUGAAGCUUAUUCCUGAAGAAUUGGUUACAUACAAAGUCUUUGGGGAGCCUGGUGGUCCACACUAUGCCCACUAUGACUUAGUGGGUGGUCGUCUGGCUGCAGAUCAACUGUAUCCAUGUAUCACUGAAUUUCUCAUCCAUCAUGACAUCGUUUAGUCCAUUGCUAUUUUCCAAUGCCUCAUUCUUUUGUACUUAUAGGACACUAGAUCAAAAUCCUCACAGAGAGGACACCCCCUAUACCAUACAAGAUCCUGCUACUAUAUAAUAUAUGCAUGAUCUGCAGUAAUACUUAAAUUCCUGUGUAUAGUCAAAGACAGUAUGUAUACGUGUAGUUUUAAAUAGAGUAAACAAGGUGACAGUACAAAUUCUGUAUAUAUCAUUCUGAUUUCUGAUUUUACCAA